ACUGGGUCCAGUCAGUAGAGGAGCAUCAAGCGCAGACUUACUCUCACGCUGCUGGAAGGAUCUAUUACAUUGAAAAAAUUAGGGGAAGGCAGAGCGUGAGCAGACUGCUGCCUGAAAGGGAAGACCAGAGCUGAGAGAGCUGAGGACUGGGAACAGGUAGGUGGCCUUCUGGACAGAGGAGACAUGGAUUACAAUUCACCUUUGUCUUUGAUUAAAACAGCCAGGAUCAGAGUCAUGUGUUCAGUCACAGGUUUCAUCAGGAAGCCUCAUUAUUUGGUGAGAGUGUAAGCAAAAACAGGAGCGGUAAAUGUGUCCUUAUUAUAUGUCUCUAACCAAGCCUUAUGUCUAUUUCUAAUGCAGUGUGCUCAAACAGCAGAAUGGUAGCUUACAGUAAAUAGGAUUUUUAUACAUGCUAUCUAAUUUCAGUUGCUCAGAUUACCAUGUUAAUAAUUCAUUAUAUAGGUUUACAUGUUGUAGAGGAUUUUCUUACAUAGGGGGGACACACACAGAUUUGGUGUUCAGAGCAUGAAAUCACUUUAGUGAGGCAUGCAGGCUCCUCAGUUAGAGUUUCAGGGUUUUAAAUGGGAGAGCUGGAUCACAGCAGCAGCAGCAUUGAGGUCAGAGCUGUAGGGUUGUUGGAUGAUGAUGACUAACUUAAGAUGGAGGUAUCAAAUCGAUGUGCAGCAGCCUGAGAGCCAUGCAGGGUGUGGGUUGUAGUUUGGCAGAAAAUAGGAUUUUUUUUUUUCUUCUGCACAUUAAAGGACGACACAGAACUGUGGUGGAUACUCUUCACACUGCACUCUCUCAGACUGUGAGCAUGCAAAAUGUAUUUCUGGAAAAUAAGCUGUUUAAUAGCACAACAACACUGAAGAGUGAAUGUAUUAAACAGAGUGAUUAAUAAUGACAUUAAAACAUACCAUCUUAAUGUUUUCAAGCACAAAAAUGAUUUAAAAAGAGGAAACCCGCGGGGGAAAUCAGGCGCUGCCGCUGCUCAUUUGACACCAGGAGGCCUUGUCAUCAAGGCUCAGCUCUUUGUGUCACACAGCUGAAGCCGCUUUCUGUCUGUGACACUCAGUACAGCCGACAACGUGUUGAGAAAUGCAGGGAGAGACAUUUGAGAAGCAACCAGAUGCCAUUUCAGGAGCAUGUAGUCAAUGGUGCAGGGAUCUGCUGUGGGAGGCUUCCACAUGUCACGUACAAAUGAGACACACACGCACACAACGCCUUAUUUGUUUUUCUAGCACCUCGAGAACUUAUCUACCUCACCUUCUGGUAUCAACUUUAAAUACUAAUGCAGUAUCUGUACCUCAGGUAAUUAAUGUAAGAAGGCUCCAAUUUGAAGUACUGUCCAGGGAUGUGGAGUUAAAUUAACACUCACGUAUCCCAACAUUUUAAAGUUAAGAAUCACUAUCAGAGGAAUAAUUUCUGCUCAGUUUCAGUGCGGGUUAAUAGAUAUACAAAGAAUAAUCUGUUUUCAGUGUUAUUCUUCCUUCUUUAUGGUAUGAAUUAAUCUGAUUAAGGAUUAUAACCUUGUUUUUCAAAUACACUCCUGACACUUUAUCUGUACUGCCUUGAAACAUAUUAGGGAGUAUUUGUACAAGUGAAAAAAAUACUUUAGCUUCAUUAUUUUUCCUUUUAAAAGUUCCUAAUUACUGUGACUUGUGUUUGGUUAGUAAUGUCUGCUAACAGGAACAGUGUUGGGACUAUGAGACUGUGUAAUACCUGGAUGAAGUCUAAGUGAUGUCAUCCAUUUGUUUAUAAAGUUUUAGAGUUCAUCAGAGGAGGCAGUACCCGUGUUGAACAUGCUAACUCAGCCACACUUUCACUUAGGGCUGGGCAAUAUGGCCUCAAAUCAAUAUCCCGAUAUAUUGAUCAGUUCACCUCGAUGACGAUAAAUGGACGAUAACUACUCCACAAGCUGCUCACCCCCUCCCACAUUAACUUCGUCUACUUCUACAACUUCUGAACCGUCCUCCAUCUCCUCACCUGUCUUUUCCUCUUUGUUACGGACUGGAUGGGGUGGAGUCACGUCUCUGACGUAGGACAGCGUCUUAAAGGGACAUGAGACCAUAGCCUACCUACACACAUCCAAAAACAACUUUCAUUUAUUUGACACUGAAUAUACUGAUAUGGGCAAAAUGACGUCAGUUAUUGUUGUAAAUUUCGGUAUCAGUAUAUCUAUGGUUUAUCGCCCAGCCCUAACUGGAAGACUGUUCCAGUUUUGAUUUGCCGUUUGGUUAACAUAUCGGGUCCCAAACAGAGUUAACUGAGGAUGUUCUGAUGCAAAUAAUUUCCAAACAGUUUUAAAUUCAAAUUCUGACAAGUCAACUGGUCUUAAGGAAAAAAAAAACAUGACGAAAAUGACAUCGGUUAAUGUCGUAAAUUUCGGUAUCACUAAAUUUUUUGGUCUAUCGCCCAGCCCUACUUUAUAGUUAACCUCUUACAGGCAGGUCUUCAGUCAAACCUAAGUGAUGUUGGCCGUGGCUCUGAUUCACCGAUCCACUAACCUUAGUAUCUUUAAAACACGAGUCACACAGAAAUUCACUCUCCUCACAGUGGGUCAGAUCUGAGACUGGUUCAGACUGAAGUCUUGUGAACUCAUCUUUUAACCUCUUUAAUCUUUUAACCUGUUUAAUUUUGCUCUAAAAGUCGGCCUUUUUAAUAAGUGUGGCUUUAUUUCUGAAAACUGUAUCCUGCCACUCGGCUGGAACAUAAGUCAAGAGUAAUGGGCCCCUCUUAGCUGGCAUUAAUAACUGACCAUCACUCUGUUCAAUCCAACUCUUACAUAACCAAUCGCACGUCAGCAAGACAUUCCUAGCUUUCAAUACUGACGUUUGAUUGGUGCGCCCUCACUACCUUCACUGAGCUUCACUGUCACAUGAUGGAGAGCUCACUAACACAACUUAGAAGAGCUGAAUAACGAAGAUGAGGAGAAUGCUGUGGGAUUUCUUUUGCAGGCAGAGUAACAGUGCUGUUUUUCAACAAAAUAAAGGUUAUCUAUUUAGUAGUCGGGGUGCUCCUACUUUUUGGAAAUUGGGAGUGUCAGUGUUACAGAGUAAACAAGUCAAAUAAAUACAAAUAGACAGCUGAGAACUCCUGUAGCAUUCAUAAAACUAAAGCAACAAGCACACAUGAAAAAUGCAGACAAUAGAGAGAUCAGAGACCAGAGUAAGAACAAUAAAUACUCCAGUAAAGACGCCUGAAAACUAGACUCAUGAAUUGUUGUCUCCAUUAUCUCCAUCUGUGCUGUAAACCAACACUCUCUGUGAAGAAUCUCUUAUUUAUUCUCAUGAUUUUAUCCAUAAAAAAGGGACAUGAGAAGACGAGUGUUGGUACAAACUCUGAGGGUAGACAGGGGGUGAAAAGCUGGGUACAGUUUCUUUCAGCUGCAGCAACCAACAUUUCAGAUAGCCUGUCUCUAAUUUUAAGCUCGGUGACUUGUUAUGUUGCAGCGGUGACAGCCAGCCUGCCUUCCCACAUUCUGCUUAUACAUAAUGAUACUACGAAGCAUGUGUUUUUUAAAGCAACAACAGUGCAGCCUACAGGAUAAAAAAUCUCUGAAUUCUCAGUAACGACAGGAUCCGUGAUAGAUGCUUUACAGAUUCUAUUGACAGUUUGUUGUCUGCCACAUCCCCUCCUCCACACGUCAGUAUUCAUUUCAAUCAGACCAGAGCCUCAGCCAAACAUUAAACUAUAAAUGUAAUGAGCUAAAAUGGCAGAAGUAUUCAGUGGGAGGGAAGAGGAGUGGGUUUCUUUUAAUGCACAGGGACUUCUGCCAAACUGUCUCCUGUUGCCGGCUGUUUUGCAAUUACCAUAUGUGUUGUGUAGUUUAUUUUCACGAUCCACCAGGAGCCAAGAUUGCUGCUGCUGGAGCCCAGAACCUUCCCAAACAUAUGCCGGAGCAUGUGUACGACUAAAAAUAAAACAGUUACUUUUCAAGACAGCAGGUUUUAUUUUCAGCCGGGCAUACAGACGUACUGUAAGCAUUUAAAAGUAAAAAAUAUUCAGGACCAAGAUUUCAGUGAAAGAAUGAUGCAUGUUAAAAAGAUGGAUAUUUGAGCUUCAUGCUGUUCCCUGGUGUAAAAAUCCUCUGGAUCUGAUUCUGAUUAUGAGCAUUUCGUCUUUAUGAUCACUUAUUCACAGAGCUUUUUAAUGUCACCUCGGCAAACUGUGUUUAAGGAUAUUAUUUUUCAAAGCUCGAUCUUUAGCUUAAUGAUCAGUAAUAAUUGUGGAACCAUUCUCAGAUACGUAUCAAUAAUAAGCUCUGCUCAGUUUUAUUUGUAAAUUUUACCACAAAUCUAGGUCGGAUAUUUAUUCUUAGCUGUGAAACAUUUGGAAAACAACAUAAGUUUGACAAUCUCUGAAGUGGACCAUCAAUAAAUGAGAUAUUUCUAUAAGCACAAACAUUUUUUAUCAGCCGUAACUAAGUAAGGCACAUCAAGAUGGCAAAAAAUCCUCAACUUCUUUAUUUCCUAUGAACAAGUCGUCAUUAUAAAGUAAUUUAAGGGAAACCCUUCAGUUAAUGGUUAAAAAAAGAUUACAACCAUGCAGAACAAGGUGUUAUUAAAGAUUUAUAAUGAGUUAUUAAGAGCAUAUAAGUAACUAAUAAACAGUUAACAUGUGUUCCCUUAACAACACAGAUAUUUAUUGAUUCAGAGAAAUAAAAAAAUGAAGUUUUCAGAAAACAGAUACAGUUUAAUCCAAAUGUUUCUAAAAUAUAAGAUCAUGAGGUGAACCAUGAUUCAAACUCAAUUAGAAGUUUAUCUCAUACAACAUGCAAACAUAUCCAGGCCCAGUGAAGGCCAAUGCAGUCAGUUAUGAUUUUUCAUCCACACACAUCAGCCACCAUCUGGUUACAGUCAAACAUUUUCAUUCAGCUCCGGUUGCUCCUACCAAUUUAUCGGUUAUCAUCGAUCAGUCGGAAUCAUUGGUUAACUUCACUCUGAACUACUUCUACUUUAGGGUAAUAGUUUUCACACCAAGCAUGACAAAGAGCAGAGGUUGAAGAGUACUCACCUCUCAGUGUCAACAAUAUUCUCUGCUGCAGAGUUAUAAUGAAAACAAUAUUUAAUGCAGACACACAACCACACCUACUGUCAAUGCCUGUCCAAUGAGAAAAUCAGGACCUCUUAAGCUGAGAGUCAUAAGGUCAGGUUUUACAAGAACAAAAAAUAGGAAUGGCUUAAAGUGACGACUGUGACCUUUGACAACAGAAGAAUAUGACGCGUAUAAAAUAUGAGUCACUUCUGAUCCUCGUAAGUGUCACAUUGUGAUCCCUGUAAGUGUCGUAUUACUGUGGGCAUUUUCAUAAAAACUGUUCUGAUGUCUUACAGCUGAGAUCUUGACCCCAUCAGUGCUCUGGUAAACAAGCUUCCAGUCUGAGUGUAAGAUCUAUUUACUCCUUUUUAAAAUUAUGAACUUACUCGUUAAAUGACAGCGUAUUUUUUUAACGAGCUAAAAAGAAUAAAAACUGCUGAGGUUGGGAUUUCCUCAAGGCAGUACAUGUUUUUCUAUCUCAGCCCCAGGGGAGGGAAAAAGAAACUACUUGGAUUUAUUUAUGUUACUGUAAAAAGUAUUGUACUCAGCUGACCUCUGUGUAUUAUCAGUCACUGAGUAAAAGAAGUUAAAAACACACAAGCUGUCCAUUGACUUCCUGACUGAAGACGUCCUGUCUUCACUGAAAAAGCUCAAAUCUCCAUGAGUGAAAUCUCAGUUCUUGUCAAAACAUCUCAGUACAAAUAUUCUAGGAUGAACAUAUACGUGAUGCCAGAUAUAAAUCUUAUUUUCACCAUACACUGUAUAUUGAAUGGAUGCCAUGUGUAAAGCCACCGCGAGAACAGCACCCUCUAGUGACGGGCUGCAGUAUAGGUCAUAAACCCCGCCUCCUUAUGGAGCUGUGGACAAACUUUAUAAAUUAAUGACACAGAAUAUAAAUGUUUCUCCCUCCUGGUUGUGAUGUUGACAUGUAGUUACUGUCAGACUGGUUUGUGCUCUAGUCCUCUUUUUUCUGUACAGCUCCAUUUUUAAAAGUUAUUAGGGGGUUCAUGUUUUCUAUGAUUGACACUUGAUACAGCCUAUGGGAGGACAGAGAUUGGGUCGCUCACCCGGGAGAGUCGCUGUUUGAGCCGAGCGUCAUCACAGCGACUCUCCCGCUACAAUGCUACUGCACAAUUGGUGGUUCCAGGAAGUGGAGAAAAUCCCGGAAAUACUGAGAGAAAUUCGGCUACAAAUUCGUAUAAUGACGACAGGCACAGCCAAGUUGUCCAUAAUACAUACAAUCUAUGGUUUCAACAUGUUUGAAGGACCAUUUGAAGUGUAACCUGACCAAAGACAAUGAAAAGCACUAAAUUACUUCAUCCUUGACAUGUUAAGUGGUUUUGACUCAAACCUUAGACUCCCAUGAGUUAAAAGCAAGUACUCGAUACUUCCGUACUCAGUGCAGUAGGGCUGCUGUAAACCUUAGCUCAUAACUGAACUCCUGGUUAAUUAAAGGCUUUUACCAGUUCCAUAUCAAUUAUCACAUGGCUUUAAUGGAUUCCUGAGAUAGAUACCCAUCCCACAUAAAGUGCAAGUCCACUGUUUUCUGCCUCUCACUGACCAGUUCAAGUAACUGCAGUGUGAAAGAAAGUCUCCUCCUUGAAUCAAUUUUACCCUUUGAGUGGCAUGUUCAAAAAGACUUGAUUAAGAGCCAUACCCAUUCACGAGUUGACACCUCAAUCUCUAAAGAGACUGUCAGCUCUGAGUUGUUUUCGAUUCACGUGUCACGUCGUGUUAAUGGUCUCUCCUCUUCUAUCUUUUUGGUCUUUCAGUGACAGAGCCUUCUGAAUCAGCAGAGCUCGAGAGGACGCCAAGAUGUGGAAGAAGUCAAAGGUGACCGAUCAAACUGCCGCUGGGCAGGCGGGUAAGUGCAGGAGUGCAGGGUGAUGUUUGCCCUCUCGAAAGAGGUCAGUAAGGUUUUUAGUUUUGCAAAUGUCUGAAACCAUAUUUCAUCUUAUCUGAGGAAAUACAAUCAGCAGUAUUGAGUCUGGUCAUACGACCAGUUCUUGAUGCAAAAUUCAGAAACACGAGAUUGCAUUUCUGAAAACAAGAUUUUGAAAAGGAAGACCAACCUGGAAACAUUGGACUUCAUCGAUCAAUAAGGUUCAAUGUCAACAAAAAGCUCCUUACAGAGGAUGGGAAACAUUCGAGAUGUCUGAAGAAUUUUGUAUGAAGCGAGGAGGUGAAGACCAGGACAGGAGCCACAGCCGAGUUUAAAACGUGAAAGCCAGUCCAGACAGAGAUCCAUGGAUUUCAGCAAGGAUGUCAAAGACACCAAGCGAAGACCUGUUCCUUAUUUUUAUACUUUUUUUGAGCUGUACUGACGCUACUCAACAAGCUGCACAAGGACAAGCCUGCCGUAUGAGUGAUCAUGUAUAUUCCAGAUGCCAACACAUGAAAUACAAGUUAACUUUUUCUCACUGAUGUUAAGAAAUGAGAACCUCCUCAUGCAACAGAUGUCAAACGAAUGUCAUCGGAAGAACAGUGCGAAGAAACAGCUGGUGGUUGCACGAAUGAUGGAAGACUCUUCACAGAGAAUCGACUCAGUCACCAGCCUCUGCUACAAUUAAAGACGACUGAAAAUGAAGUUAGUGUUUAUGCUCGGAAGAGGAAGAAGAAAUGAAGCGUUGAUUUAAAUCCCAAAAAAAGAUCUGUGGAUAGUUUUUUCUCAAGCACUGUGCAAGAAUCAUCCUGAGACGUCAGCCGUGAGAAAUCGCCCACGCCAGCUAGAAGUUAAGUCUAAUCCGUAGCUGCACAGCACAGCUAUAUUCACAUGCUGCUGUAACAACACUGCUAACACGUUGAACGGUAUUUUGUCGGACUAACCAUCUUUCGUAAUGUGAUGUGUCUCUGUCUCUGAAUAUCCUGUUCUGUGAUUGUGAAAGGUGUGUCCGUGUGCGUGCCUCCCUCUCCGGGGAUAUACUGUACAGUGUUGUGUUUCACGUUGAUCGUUUCCAUAAUCCUGUCGAAGUUCCAACCUGCCAUGGUGCUUUUGUCAGGAUUAAUAUUUACCUGUCCUGUUCCUUCUCCUGCUGUCAUGUUAUAUGUUAAGUCGACGGUUCUGAGGGAAGUCACCCUGAAGACAAAGGUAUGGUAGCAAAUGUGAAAACAAACCAUCGACUCACCGUCUGUAAGUGCAUGACUCCAUGUUGGGUGAGUUGCAUGUAUGAUGUGGUCUUCAUCACCCAUUGAAAGGUGUCAUCCAAAAAUGGAUGAGUCAGCUUUCAGUGUCACAACAGAUGCAUUCAAUUGUGACAUCUAAACCAACUUCCUGUAUUGAGUCUGAAAACUAGCUCCAGGCUCUUGCUGCCGUUGAUUUCCAUGUGUCGUAUCGUGUAACUGAAGGACGUACAGGAUAUGUUGGCACAGUUUAGACUCAAUCAUUGAACUUACCCAAUGGGACUUCCCAAAGAAGUGACCCCAUCUCUUCUAAAACCGAUCUAAUUUGACUGGCCCCUACAGUUUUCCUGAUUUUCUGCAAACAGUAUGAAUUUGGUAUGACUGGAAAGAUUACAAAUGAAUCAUACUUUCUUGGGAUGAGCACCAAAUGAGAUUAAGUGUCCCUAUAACGCCUCCCUCUCUGGAUUCCCUUGAGAUUUUCCGACUACAUUUACUGAGGGUAAAGGGUUUUUCCGGGUUGGGUCGAGUGUUUUUUACGCACUUCUUACUCAGUUAAACGCAUAUUCUGAAUUCCCAAAAAGACACUUAACCAGGCCUCUUGGAGAUAAUGAAAAAUACUGAAAAAUGAAAUUAAAAAAUGAAUGAAAAAAAUCACAAACAGUCACAAACAAAUAUUUCUCCCUUUUCUUUCGCUCACCGGCAGACAGAGCAUGCGUGCGUCACAUCAGUGGGUUUGCUUUGAACUGAGAGUAGGAGCAGAGCAGCAGAGCGCACUGAUGCGCUGCACUGUUUCACAAUGAAUUAAUACAUGUUCCAGGGUUCAGCGUGGAAAUCUGCCUCUCAGAGUGUGUUUCCAAAUGAACCAUUGAACGUGUUUGGUAAAUACAACAGUUCGUGAUGCCAAGAUAAAGUACACGCUACACAAACUCAAAACUAUGGAAGCCCGUUUCUGCUAGUGAAAAAAAAAACAGGCUUCGAUACAAAGCCCCGGACAUUUGGAGGGUUUUAUAAACUCCCUCUGGACAGACCGGGUAGCCCCCAAAAGAGGACAUGUCCGGGUCAAAGAGGACAUACGGUCACCCAAGUUAACAUUCUGGGUCCAAAAUAGAGGUAUAUGUAACUGGGGAUGUUCUGAUGCAAAUCAUUUCCAAACAGUUUCAAAGUCAAAUUCUGACGAGUUAACUGGUCUUAAGAAAAAAAAAAAAAAGUUCCGCAUUAUUUAAAAAAAAAAAAAAAAACUACUUUCAGCACCAUUAAAAAAAUAUAUUACUAAUAGCACUAUUUAAAAGAAAAAAAAAUGUUAAACAGGAUGUAACAUCUGCAGCCAUAGCUACAGGUCCAGCACGUGAAGGGGUCUGCUACAAUUUGAGACCAAGAUUUUAGAACCGUAUUGAUAAUAAAUAUUUAUAAAUUAAUUGGCUUGCAAUCUGGUGUCAAUUAGUGACCAACCAAGUCAAAUAUACCCGCCCAUCCCUGUAACAAAAUUAUGUGCAUUUAUCUCUGCUGAACUACAAAAGUGUACAUAGCUAUUAAUGAUAAAAAUUGAGGGUAAACCAAUUUUAAAAAACAUUUAACCUAGAGCACACCGACAUACUGUGACUUUUUAGGUAACUAAUUGUCUCAAUCAGACAAUCCUGGUUAGAAAAAAAAGACAAAAAAGAUGGAUGGUUGGCAUUCACCAUUCCAUGCCAAACACAGAGUCUGGGAACGAGAGCAAUGCAAAAAGAAUACAGUAAAAUUCAAUCUUGUAGUACUAACAAGGAGAGCAACUCUUUAAAAUAAAAUGACCGGUGCAGUCUUUAUUUUAGGUGAGAGGCAUUUAGAACGAGAAACCUCCAGUCUUUGGUGGUAAAGGCCUGUGUAUGACCCUAAGAUUCUGGGGAUGGGUACAAAAAUAGUCGUAUUCAAAACUCAUUUGAAAUCAACUUAGGAUAAAAAAAAAUCUUUCUGUACCAAAUUUAUGCCAAUUAUACUCCAUCAAACUUUCUGCCGACUGACCCAUGAAAUCAAUGUCUGGCUUAGACAUGCAGCUUGAACAGAAUGACCAAUAUUUCCAUGCAAACAUCUUGGCUUUUAACAAUGUCCACCGCCAAACUCACGUAACGUUUUCAGCUCUCAUCAAUGUACAACCAGCAAUCUUUCUCUAACGUGCUUCAGAGUGCAAAACGCCGGGGCCCCAUGCUCAUCUCUGCUCACUUAAACCACAUACUCUGUAGUUCAUAUUCUGCCUAUUGCAGGUCUUACAUGCCAAGAGAAAAUAAUUAGAGACCAGGGACCCCUGGACCAGCUGAACUCCUGUGAUCAGCAUUCAGUGAUGCCCCCUUGAGGUUGUUGUCGGUUAGUCCAUUUUAGUUAUCUCGGGACUUUGGGACUCCUGCAAAAACAAUACAACCUGUAUCGAUGUGUCCGUCUAACAAACAAAAUCAGAUCCAGAUAAAUUUGUAGGGCACUGACCUGUCUGCCAACUUUUCCAUCAUCGAAGUGCCCACAGUCUAAACUGAAUCUAGCGAGAUGGGGUUUAAUUAAUGACAGUUUUCAUACUUUGUGACUAUACUUACAGAAAAUUAAUGCAUUCAUUCAUUACAAGCAAAGUGCUUUUUGUAACCUUCUUCGUAAAACUGCAAAAGUUCCAUUUUGUUCCACACGUUCAACUUCAUCCAACAGUUAUAAUCAUUACGUAAUCUGCUGCCUCAUAAUAAAAACAAAAAAUAUCUGAGAAAAGAAAUAAUUGAAUCUUCACAAAAAAAUUUUCAUAAACAAAACAAUUUGAUGACGAUCCCUAAAAUAAAGUUCAAUGUCUGUUAGACCAGAGACCAACUCUGUGUCAGCUGUCUUUAGGCACACCACAAUAACUUCUGAAGUCAAAGAGGACCUAUAAUGUUUAACAUUUAUACAAUCAGACAAUCUGAUACUCUGUCUGGAUGAAUGUUAGUCACUUUUAUGAAUCACUUUAAUUCAGAGGUCGUAGAUGUAGAAUAAUAUAUUUCAGACCACAAUGCCAUCGUAGUGUCAGUAAUCAGAACGUCCCUCCCACCCACUAAUGACUCUUGUAACUGGUUACCUGCUCUAAUCACUUUCUGAAGGAGACAGUUUUAAACUAUUUAUACAUUACUGACUCAUGACUGGGCCGUAUGUGCAAAAUGUUUAUGGAGCUUUGACUACUUGAGAGAUGUAAUUUAUUCAUGUAAAACAGAGGAAACAGUCCUAUAGAGAGAGAACAUGUGUUCAAUCUUUUGUUGCUGAAGUUGCACAUGGUCUCAUUCUGGAUCAAAUUCAGGAUGAAACAUGUACAGACGGUUUUGGAAAGUUGCCAUCUUGAUUAUGACUGAGAAACGAUGAAUGUAACUUAACAGUUCACAGGAAAAAGGAUGCAAUGCUCCUACUUCAGUAGCCAAUCAGACGAAGGGUAUUGUUUGACAUGAGUUACAGUGGCCUUGUUUGAGUUUUAUUUUUAAACCAAAAGCUGCAGUGGUGUUCAGUUUGCACCAGUCUUUACUGUAAUUCAAACUUGGUUAAGUCAGUCAAGACAGAAGGCUGUGAAAUAAACGGAUCUGUUACAGAAACAGAAACGGAGAUGGUUUUCUAACAUGUUUGCAAGGACAGACUUUGUCAAACAAGCAAAAAUAUUCUUCACAUUUGGAAGAAAAAUAGUUUAUAUAAGAGGCCACAUUCAGAGCUUAAAGAAGUUCAUAAAAAUAGCUGAUCACUAAUCCAUUCGUGUCCGUCAGUAAAGUCAAAACUGAGAUCCCAAACUGGUCAUUAUAGGUCCUCUUUAAACACAAACAAUGUUCAACUUUAAAUUAACCACUCACGUUUUAAACACGACAUAAACAUUCAUGUUUAUGGCAAGACUUCUGAACUGAUUUCAGUAUAAAUAAUUAGUUUAUCACAGCUGAGAUUUGCAUUUUCACAAACACUUUUGAGUGCAUGUGUAUUUCAGCGUUGAACACGCACUACUAAUAGAGAGGCCAGUGGGGAGGCAAAAGGUUGGUCAAUAUAUUUAUUUGUUUUUUAACAUUUAAAAAAGAUGAAACCAGUGCUAAGGCAUCUGAUUUAUAACCAUACUACUGUUAUGACAAAACAGCCCACUUUAUAAGCUGCUGUAAAGUUGAAGUUAAAGAGCACAAACAAAACAGUGAAGGUGUCAACUGACUUACCUGUUAGCUUUGAAACCAUUCGUGUUAUCUUAAUUUACUCGCAAUACAAAUUUGCAAGACAUCCCAAAAUUCAAAAUGUAGAGAUAAGUCUAUCAGACACUCAUUGGGCACUUUGCCCGGGGUUUAGAUUUAUCAUCAAAGUUUGAAUUACACCUAAAUAGUCUCAAACACUCCUUAUAAAUGUUUUAUCUACUCAUUCUUUGGAGAUUCACGGGGGUCACUUCUCAAAAUAAUUAACAGUUUCAUGUUUUGCUGAAUCUUCUUAUUCUGACAUUUCACUCUAUACUAGAAAGAGGCUCAUUUUUAAUAUCUAUUUUUAUUUGAUCAGGUAUCAGAAAGAAGUCAAAGGUGCCUGGUGUGAUGAUAACUCAGUUUAAAGAGGAACUUCCAGAAGGAAUGUCAACCCCUGAUUUCACCAGGAAACCCAUCGCUCUGACUAUUCAAGAGGGUAAGUCUUUAACUGAUCACUUUCAACUGUUGAAUGGGAAGUUAGUACACUGUAUCAAUCAACCAGUCAAUCAACAUAUGUGAUCAUUUGUCUGAACAAAGAGCCUGACCAAAUCUUGAUUCUCAUGAAUUAUAUCAGGGAGUAUCCAUCAUUUCUAGACGUUAAAGUGGUCUUGUACAAUUCUCUCUAAACAUACUCUCUGUACGCUCCUGUUAAGUUCUACUCAAAUCUCAUUCCAGGUAAAACGGCAAUCUUUAAAGCCAUUGUAGUGGGAACCCCAACACCCAAAGUAACAUGGAGCAGGGCAAACGGAGAAAUACACUUCCACCCUGAUAUGUGCCAGCAGAAAUAUGACGAGGCGUCUCGUGAGCAUACCAUAGAGGUAAGAUUUACAUGUCGCAGUGAGAUUUAAAAUCUAGAUAUUCACACCUGAGCUUCUAUUUGAGGUAAAAGACAUUUAAUGUGGAAAAGAACUCAAGUAGUCUGAACUCAACAUGCUUUUAAAGAAAAUGGAAAUGACAUUUAUUCCCUGUUUGUGUUUCAAUAGUUUCCUAAGGUGGCUCCAGAGGACGCUGACACCUACAAGUGCUUUGCAACAAACGAACAUGGACGGGCUGUUUGCACGGCUGUCUUGAACGUUAUUUCGGGUAGGAUUCCCUGGAAUUAUUGUGUUUCAUAAUUAUGACCAACAAUAGUAGAUGUGUUGUCUUACUAUUUUGGUACAUUUGUACAAGAAUCACAAUAUUAACAGAGUAAAUUUUCUUUUUAAAGUUGGGUUCUCAAAGACCAAAGAACUUCAAAAGAAAAAUGAAGGUAAGUCGUAAAAUGAAAACAAUAUUUGAAUAAGUGCUGGCAUUCUCAGUUCUCAUAUAAAAUAUACAAAUACAUAAAAAAAUGAGGGGUCUCCUUGUCUGUUUUUUAAAAACAGAAAGAGUUAGUUUUUUUUAAAUAGAGCUCUUAGAUUAUAGGUCUUUCAGAAUAGUUAUGAAUUCAGUAGACAGGAUAAGAUCCGCAUAGAGUAAUGUGUUACCAGGUAUUCUUAUUUCUGAUGUGUCAGUUUAAGGUUAUCAAAAGAACUUCAGAGAUAAGCAUAAUGACGUCAAUGUGCACGGUUUGCUAGUCUAUGUCCAUGUAGAUUCUCAUUCAUCCAGGUCAUGGUUUUCUUGAAGACUCCAAAAUCAGGCAACUGGACUGUGUAGAGUUGAGAAAACUCAGUCCAGUUCUUUUUAAUAAAGUAAAAAAUUCUGGUGGAGCUUUACUUAUUUGUUGCUAAAAUGACCCAAAAUGAACAGAUUUCCCCUCAAAGCUUCAAACUAAAAGCUGGUUUCUGUAAAAUCAUGUUUUUCUUAAAGAUCAUGAUUGAUUAAUGACUGAUAAAAUAUGUCCAUGCACCUUUUUAGAAGUCAUUGGGUUAUGAAAUAUGUUAAGAAAUAGGAUGGUUUUUUUUCUUUUGUCUUUUUUUAACCAGUUUUCAGGGUUCCUACACAGUUGGAAUUUCCAUACUUUCCCAAACCUUUUCUUUUAGAAUUAUUUUUGGAAAACAGUACUUCAGAACUGUGGUAACACACUGGAAAUAUACAUAUUUUUCCAUACUUUAUUUUUCAUUUUCUAUACUUUUUAAGGUCUGGAAAUUGAUCAAAUUUAUUUCCAUACUUUUCCAUACUUUCAUAGGAACCCUGGGUUUCUUUAUUAUUCAUAAACUUUUAGUUAAACUCAAUAGUGUUUCACAACAAAAGACAUAAUUUGGCUGUGAGUGAUGGGCUGAUGUUUUUGUUCAGGUCUCCCAGAUGCAACAGAAUUCAGAAAAAAUCUUAAGAAACGGUAAGUAAACUGUUACAAACUUAUUUGUAUAUUUGAGUAUAGUACAUCUACUCCUAAAAGUCGGAUGCUGAUUUUAUACAUAUUGAUUAAAAAAAGCAGAUUGGUUUGCAGAUCAUUUAAACUCUCUUUCAUCAAAAGCAGUGCCAACAUUUCAGAUACUGAAACAGAUUUCUUUUUCUCUGAUAAAAAGUAAGCUUACUUAAAAUCUCAUGCUAGUAAUGUUGUUUUAAAAAGUUUUAAAAAGCACAGUCGUAUGGCAGUUAGCAUUGUGUGAGACUAAAAGACUAAAGAGAAAGAGUCGCUUUACAGUAAUCCUGAUGGGACACGAGAAGAAAAGCCGAUGGAGCCCGAGGAGAAGGUCUGGGAAAUUCUCCUCAGUGCAGAAAAGAAAGACUACGAACAAAUCUGCGUAGAUUAUGGAAUCACAGACUUCCGCGGUAUGCUCAAGAAACUUACCGAAAUGAAAAAGGAGAGAGAGGAGGAGAUUGCAGAGGUAUGUGGUCUGUUCAUUCUUGUUUAGUUUUAACAACCUUUAAUGUCAUUACUUCUUAAAAUGUUCGAUGUUUGGUAUCUCAUUUAUCCCGUGUUAGCAGUCGUUUGGUCUUUCUUACUAUAUUGGCAAUUUGUGUCUUUCUUAUCUCUCUAGUUUGUGACCCAUAUCAGUAAACUGAAGCAUAUUGAAGUCGAUGAUGAUGAUUGUGCGACAAUUGAGUUGGACAUGGACCUCAAGGAUCCAGCCAGCAAAAUCUUCUUGUACAAGGUAAGGCGUCAACUGUUAAACUGUUGUGGGGCGUUCACACCAAGCACAAGUAAAAUCCUCUACUCGCUUAAUUCGUGCAAAACUAGAUGCAUGAAUGAAUUGUAUUUACUCGCUUCAUUCGCGCUAAUGACUCGCUCUAUUUGGGACAAUCAUUGAAGUCCAUUCGCACGAUUUGCAUGUCAGCACAGUGCUUAAAAACCACGUAUAGCCGUUCAUGCUAAUUUCAGCAGUGAUCCUUGCCAAUUCAGCCGGCGGGAUAAAAGUGAUAGACAACGGUUUUUAUAAUUUACCAGAUAACCCGACCUCCUCACUCACUUUCCUCCAGGUGAGCUUCUAUUUAUUCCUGUCUUUGUUAAAAAAGACGUGGAUACGAGAGAGCGGGAGAGUCUCCAUCAAGCAUGGUAGGAGUGAACCACGUUCAGCAGAUUGCUGCUUUGUUUUUGUUGAGGAAGACCCACAACCAUUAGAAAUGUAGGCGUCACCAUGUCUGGGUCUCCUCCAAUAGCUGCACCCAGAGGGCGGCCAUUUCCAGCAGUAUUUUCAUGUUACCAACAUCCAAUUUGACGACCUGUUGGUGAGGGUCGGUGCCAGGAUAUCCCUCCAGGAUACCAAUAACAGGCGCUCUAUCCCAGCUGCAAAGCGCCUGUCCAUCUGUCUCCGGCAGGCAAAAACGAUUUGCAUAGAUAUUUUCACACCAGUGAACAUCUUCAGGUCCGUUUUCAUACGUCACCUUGGAAUCGAAUAUUCGCUUGAGUUGAGAUAUUUUCUCAAGCGAGUAAUUUGCGUCAUUCACACGAAUGACUCGCUCAAUUACAUGUUAAGUCAAUGCAAAGACGCGAUUAGAUGCUCGUACUACUCUUGUGUCAUUCGCGCGAAUUGAGCGAGUCAUUCUCACGAAUUGAGCGAGUCAUUCGCGUGAAUGACACAAGAGUAGUACGAGCAUCCAGUCACGUCUCUGCAUUGACUUAGCAUGUCAUUCAUUCCCUCAAAUAAUUUUACUUGCUUGGUGUGAGCGCCCCAUCGAACUGUAACUGUUAAACCUUUACAAUGUGACAUCAUCUCCUGUCAACAUGGUAACAAGGCCUUCAAAUUUUACAGGAUGGUGUCAUGGUUCCAUUCACCAAAGAAGACGCAGAAGAAACAAAGCAUUGUUUGAAACAAGUCGGCAAAAAAUACAUCUUUCAGAUUAAAAAAUUAGGUUCAGAUGAUGCUGGACUUUACUCAGUGGAUGUUGGAGGAGUCAAUGUUUUCUCCACAAACUUUAAAGGUAUGUUCUUCAUGAAAAAGACAAUCCUAAAGGGUUUUUAUUUACUUACUAAGGCUUACACAUGUAUUGUUGCUUGCCAAAAAUGUUUUUUUUUUUAUAUCUUUUUUUCUUUAUUUACUACAGAAGCGCAUUGCAUUCACCAAAAAAAAACCUUUUUUCAGAGUAACAGUUUGAUGUUCUGUUCUUUGGCCGUUUUUUUUUUUUUUUUAAUUAACUGAUUUAACAUUUUCUGUUUUUCGGUAUAUCUUUUCUCCUCUUUUUCGGCCUGAAUUUUCUUUGUUUUAUUUUUCAAAAUAAUGGAUUUUCCUAUUCUCUAGGGUCAUGAUCAUUCAAAAAAAGAUGCUUUCAUCCCCCUCUGCUCCUGAUUGUAUGAGAUUCCCGCAGGAUUUUGAAGUACCUCGUUUAGUCAAAAAAAAUUGUCUGAAAGACAAAAUAAAAAAUUUGUCCAAAAAAUAGAAAGAGGGGGAAAAAUAUUAGAACAAAAAAAUAGAAGAAUAAAAAGCCUGUUUUUGUAGGUGAAUGCAAUAAAACUUCUUUAAUUUACAGUUAGAAUAGUCGAUGAAUCGAUUCAAACAAGACCAUGUUGGUAGAUAGAACAAAGAUUGACUUAAUUGAUGCUAAUCAAACCUCUCUUUUUGGUGUAACCCUGCAGUACCUGAGGUGGAAUUUGCAGUCAAAAUACAAGAGGUGAAGGCAGAGGAACGAGAGGACGCCCUCUUCCAGUGUGUCCUGACUGCACCUUUGGCAGAUUUGAAAUGGUUUGGCAAAAGCGCCCCUUUAACAAACAGUGAAAAGUUUGAAAUUAGUGUUUCUGAGGACAAGCUUAUCCACAAGUUGAUUGUGCGAGACUGUAUGCCUUUAGAUGGCGGUAUAUACGCUGCUGUGGCUGGAAUCAAAUCUUGCAACGCCUGGCUUAUAGUUGAAGGUGAGAAAAUUCGUGACUUUCUACUUUCUCUUUGAGUAGGUGUAACUCUGAUCGCAUGAAUCGAUGUCAAAUAUGUUUCACUAUGUCAUUGUUUGUAAAUGUCAACUUAAACUUACAAAUACAUGGACACUUAUGUUUUUCAGCUGACAAAGAUCCUGCAAAUAAGGGAAAGAAGGCAGGUCGCAAAACUACCAUGGCUGGAGCCAGCAGUGAUGAAGAUCUGGUAAGGAUUGCUAAAGAACAACAGGAAUUAUACCAGAAGAAAAUGGAAGAACAAAUGGAAAAAGCAAAGAAGGAACAAGCUGAGAGAGAAGCUGCAGACGCGAUCGCCAAAGCCGAGGCUGAAGCAGCGAAGAAGGCAGAGGCUGAAGCUAAAGCCGAAGCUAAGGCCGCCGCAAAGGCCGCAGCGAAGGCAAAGAGGGCCGCAGCCGCCGCAGCUGCCAAAGAUGCAGCUGCUGCAGGAAGAACAAGGAAGGGUGCUGCUGGAGGCGCUGAUGGUGCAGGGGGUGCAGGGGGUGCUGGAGGCCCUGAUGGUGCUGGUGGUGCAGGGGUUGAUGGACUUGGUGGUGAAGGUUUGGGAGGAGAUGGAAGCGGGGCAGGAGCUGGGGGCAGAGCUGGAAGAAAAGCCGGGGCUGGUGAGGGUGGAAGUGACGAUGAGUUUGAUGAUUCAUUCGAAGAUUCAGACUUAGAGGGUGAGGAAGGGGAAGGUGGAGAAGGAGGGGAAGGAGGGAAAAGGGGUAAAAAAGGAAGGAAAGGCAAAGGAGGAGAGGGUGGAGAAGAUGGAGAGGGAGGAGAGGGUGAAGAGGGAGAAGAGGGAGAAGAGGGAGAAGGAGGAAAAGGUGGAAGACGCAAGAAACGUGUGAGAGACGGUCCACUCGUUCCAGAUACAGUCAUAGGUAAGAAAAAAAAAAACUCUUUGUUUGUUAAAAUGUUUAAGUUAAAAAAAAAUAACCUCUUAAAUUCAGCUAAUGUUGUCCACUCUCUCAGUCAAAGUCUUGAUGUAUGUUGAUUAAUGUCUUUUCUUUAAGUCUGUUGUCUACACUUCUUAAUUAUCUUAAGAUUUUCCACAAAUUAUUUAAUCAAGUCAAGAAACUACAAAAAAACAACAAAAAAAAGACAAAGGACCAAAAAUUCUGAGAAAUUUCAAACUUAAAUUUAACUAAUAAAUAUGUUUAAUUUUUGUUUAAAAUUUCCGCUAAAAAAUGAUGGUAAUAAGUACUGUACAGUGAUUUUUAGUGACAUUCUGACAUUUAUUAUCACUAUCAGGAGAUGAUUAUGAUGAGGAAACUACAGAUCAGAAGGGUGAAAAAUCUAGAAAAAAAGGAAAACGCCCCGUAAAGAAAGGUGCAGAGGGUGAAGGAGGGGCUGAUGGUAAGAGACUUCAAAAACAUGUAAUAAAGUAAAUUUAAUUUACUUUAUUACACCAAAAUUAUUAAAGGUUUUAUUUUUUAAAUCCCAAUACAAUAUGAUAAAAUAAUAAAUAAUUUCAAUAACAAGAUUUAGAUCCAUUUAACCAGAUUUAACUGAUCAGUGUAGUUAAAAUAUUGGUGAGGAUGUUUUCCAAAAUUAGUAUUUAAGUGUAAAGCUGAAUGACUUUUUUUUUUUGGUAACAUCAUUGUUAUUACUAUUAGGAGAUGAUUAUGAUGAGGAAACAACAGAUCAACAAGGUAAAAAAUCUGGGAAAAAAGGAAAACGCUCUGUAAGGAAAGGUGCAGAUGGUGAAGAAGGGGCUGAUGGUAAGAGAUUUUAAAAGGAUGCAUGCUGUAAAUUUUAUUUACUUUUAUACCAAAAUUAAAGUUUAUUUUUUAAAUCCCUAUACAAUAUGAUAAAAUAAUAAAUAAUUUCAAUAACAAGAUUUAGAUUCAUUUAACAAAGUUUAACUGAUCAGUGCAGUUAAAAUAUUGGUAGGGAAGUUUUCCAACAUUAGUAUUUAUUUGUUAUACUGCAUUACGGUAUUUUUGGUAACAUUAUUGUUAUCACUAUUAGGAGAUGAUUAUGAUGAGGAAACAACAGAUCAACAAGGUAAAAAAUCUGGGAAAAAAGGAAAACGCUCUGUAAGGAAAGGUGCAGAUGGUGAAGAAGGGGCCGAUGGUAAGAGAUUUUAAAAGGAUGCUUUUAAAUUUGUUUACUUUAUUAUACCAAAAUUACUUUAAAUCUUUAUUUUUUAAAUCCCUAUACAAUAUGAUUGAAUAAUUCAUAAAUUCAAUAACUGGAUGUAAAUUCUUUUAACCAGAUUUAACUGAUCAGUUUGCCUAAAAUAUCGGUGGGGGAGUUUUCUAAGUAUUAAAGUGUUAUGCUGUAUUACAGUAUUUUUGAUGACAUUAUUGUUAUCACUAUUAGGAGAUGAUUAUGAUGAGGAAGAAACAGACCAACAUGGUGAAAAAUCUUUGAGAAAAGGAAAACGCCCCAAAAAGAAAAGUGCAGAUGGUGAAGAAGGGGCUGAUGGUAAGAGAUUUUAAAGGAUAUAACUUUUUACCCACUUAGUCGUUUGUUUACUGCAGCAUAGGGCUGCACGAUUUUACAAAAAUAAAAUGCUGAUUUUUUUCUCUGAAAACUCGAUUUUUGAUUUUUGUGACAACUUCAUCAAACUUAAAAUACUUUUUUUUUCUUUCUAUCAUCCCUCAAAACGAAAUCACUGAAAACCAUGUAGUGCAUAUGCCAAGCCAGUAAGUGGCGCUGUAGUGCCGCAUGGAAAAAGCAUGUGUAUUAAGGUUGUUUUAGUCGGACAUGCUCAGGCGCCAUAAAAGAGUUACGCUGUGUGUCACAUGAUCGUUUUCAGAGAUACAGAUAGACAUCCACAUGGAGAUGAAAUGGUCGUCGUUUACAGAUUUAUUCACUCUCUGACCUGUUUUCAAAUAGUACCGUUUACAGUCACCUGAAACGCCGUUUCAGUGUGGACGGGUUGAUACCGCCUUCAGACAGACAGCGCGGAGUGGUUUGCUCUUCAUCUGAAACUGUGAAGUCGUACCAAUUCAACACGACUGACUCGCUCUUGUCCUAUUUAACCACGAAAUUAUCGCCUUCUUUAGCAAACGCCAUGUUUGUUUACACUGGUGUGUGUGGGAACUGGGGAGAGCUCCCACAGGAAGGGGGAGGAGCCUAUGGUGGCCUGGAGGCACGAGACAUGAUAGAGAGGAAAAUCAAUUUGACAAAUUUAAUUUUUUUAACAUCGUCAUAAUCAAAUAAUCUGAUUACGAUUUAAAACCGAAUAAUCGUGCAGCCCUAACUGUAAUAUAGGGAGAAAAACCAAAAAUUUUAUUUUUCAGUCCUUCAACAAUUUGAUAAAAAAAUUCACAUAAUUGCUUUGACUAGAUUAAAUUGAUCAAAAUCCUUUGACUGUGAGAAUAUUUUCCAAAAGUAUUGAUACUCUGCAUUGACCUACUUCUGUAUAAAUAUGUUAUCACUAUCAGGAGAUGAUUAUGAUGAGGAAGAAACAGACCAACAAGGUGAAAAAUCUAAGAAAAAAGGAAAACGCCCCAAAAAGAGAAAUGUGGAGGUUGACGAAGCAGUUGUUGGUAAGAGAUGUGGAGGGAUGCAUGCUGCACUAAAUACUGACGAGUGAAGUCAUUUGAAAACCAAAAUGACUUUGACAAUGUCGCCAGAGAAAAUAAUAUAGAUGCAUUAACAAGAGUAGAGAAUCUGCAGAGCUCUACUUUGCUACGCUGUACCAAAACUUUUGGUGGCAAAAGGUCCAACAGUGAAUUCCCCGAUAAACUCAAGGUCCUGUUCACACCGCAGUGACAGAAUCUGCUUUAUCACAGCUUUGUAUGAACGUUGCUCAGUUUUAGAGGUAUGUUGUGGAACAUAACUCUAAAACACUUUUUCUGCCAGUCGACUCCAAAAACAAUCGUCUGUUAAUUGUGUUUGUCGUAUCUGUGUCAGUUUGCCGUUGUUCGUCUCUUGAGAAGCAGAAAAAGUUCAGCAUAUUUAUGCGACUCUAAAUUCUGCACUCUCUGCUUCUUUGACACUUAAGCCCAUUUUUACUUCUUUGAGUGUGUUUUUUUGUGUGUGUGUUCAUCAUGUUUGCUUUUAUGUUUGUCUACAUGUUUGUCAAUCUGUGGUUAUAAACACCUUCACAUAAAAAUUGUCAUAAUAGAAGAUUUUACACAAAUUAAAGGUGAAUAACCGACAGAUGUUGAAACAUGAAAAGGGCCACUUCAUGUUUAUAUAUAUACACAUAUAUACAGUAUAUAUAUACAUAUAUGUAUGUGGCGUGUGUACAAAUACCUUAUUGAAAUGUCAUUGUGUUAAAUAUUGUUAUGCGACAUCUUUGCAGUUUUUGUCAUUGUUUUCAUUGAUGUUAUUGAUAAGAUAUCCAACAUCAGACGAGAAACGUUGGAUUGAUGUUUAUUAAGAUGAUAUUCCCCUGAACUGAAAAACAAAAAAAAACACAGAACCAGGCGGUGUCAGUGGUGAUAAUGACACUGGGCCAGCAGCUGGAUAUGGUGAGGGUGCAGACGGAGGUGAGCCAGCAACAGCUGGCAAGCGUUCAGGCCGUGCAAAGCGAGGCCCGUUGAUGGUGGAGACAGUUAGUGGUAAGAUUACUGGUGCUGCUUUAAUCGCUGCAUGGAGAGCACAGUCACUGUCCAAAGUCAUUUCAUGUGAAGAUGACUUUCUCAGUGAUCGAAGCAUUAACAUCACACCUGGAUGGCCUCUUAGAGUGAUCAGAGCAAAGCAAGCGUGGAUUUAACCUCAAGAAGAAUCACUUGAAGUUAUCCCAUCUCAAUCUGACGCAUUAACAGCUUCUGCUUGAAACACACUGUACAACUGUUUCCCUGGUUUACAGUGACGAAUUAUAACAUCAGUAACUAAAAAAUCAGAUCUUCUUUGAUUUCUAGGUUACGGGUUUUUUGUGUCAGACUGUCUUUCAUGUGUUUUGUUUGCAGACUGUGUGUGUGUUGUUGUACGUAUGUGUGUGUGUGUAAAUGUGAAAUGUCUAAAACGCUCGCUUGCUGUGCUUCAUGUUCACACUUUUGCUUGCUUUCGCGAUUAUUCAGGAUGAGUCGGUGCGUUGAGGUUCAUCGUUUAAAAGAUGGUCACGUUCUUGACCGACUUGUGUGUAGAUACACUCUUAUGGUGUUACUGUACGUCACGUGAAGAUGGACGCCAACCGAAGCUGAUUUAUCUGGACAACAAGCCUCCGCACAAAUCUCUGCACACUGAAGACAUCAUGUUCGUCUCCUCCACUCACCGAGGACCAAAGAAGGAUAUCUCAGAAUUUCACACCGCCAACUUUGUCCAGGGAAACAAAUGCCGGGAUAUGAAUGAAAGCCACUUUGCUGUUUUCUUACGAACCGUGUGAAGGUUUUAACUCUUGAGAAGAUGGACUCUCCCGAACAAGAAAAACCAAGAAGACAUCUUCAAAGUGAAUCGAAUUUCACCCCAUAAUCUCUUUAGUUUACUCAUGACAAUCUUCAUUUAAACAUGUAUUUUAUGAGAAAAUUUAAAGCCAUAAAAUACAUGAUAUCAACAAAAAAAAAGCAGAGAGAGAAUGUGAUUUUUUAUGUUCAUGAAAAAAAGGUAAGUGGGGACACAUCUGACCACGGAUGUUAAACUCUUUGUAAUUGUAGAUCCACAAUUACAAGAUCUUGAAACAACUCUAGAAGGACUUUUACACUCAUUUAAGCUGUUUCACAGUGUGCUUUCACUAACUACCUGGUUAAUGAAUAAUCCUCAGACCCAGGAGUUCACUUUCACGCUGGACUUAAUGACUGCAAAGCCAUCGUUGGAGAAGCAGCGGAGUUGGAGUGUAAACUGAGCAGUGAAGACUGUGAGGGAAAAUGGUACAAGGAUGGAGAGGAGGUAAUGCCUGGCUCUUACUGCUGUCAUCGUGUGGAACAACAACUUAAUAGAUAGUCUAAGGGUGUCACAAUCAUGUUUUUAUUUCUCACAGAUUAAAUCAUCUGAGGGUUUAACCAUCUCCAGAGAGGGAAGUUUCCACAGGCUGAAAAUUCACAAAGUCACCGAGGACUUUGCUGGAAAAUAUAAAUUUGAAGCCGAUGGGAGGAAGACAGAGUCCUUGGUCGUUGUUGAAGGUAAAAACUUUUUCAUUUAUUUCUUGCAUUAGUUAUCAGAGUGCUUUUAGUCUCUGUUAUGAUAAAUGUUUCAUUAAUGCUCAAGAAUUACCAUUGACCGUCAUCAUACGAAUUUGAAGCCGAAUUGUUAGUUGUUAAAAUCCUUUGUCUAUCACUUGACCCAGCCAGUUGAAUUUACAGGGAUUAUCGUUAAAAUUACUGUUGACGAAUUACCAAAUGAAGCGAGUGAAUACUGUUCAUUCGGGCGUCUAGAUUCGCACAAAUUCAGCGAGUAGAUGAUUUUACUUGCGCUUGGUGUGAGCGCCCCAUUACAGUAACUACAUGUCAACGUUGCAACUGGGGGGAGAAACAUUUAUAUUCUGUGUAGUAGAUUUCUGAAGUUUGUCCACAGCUCUAUAAGGAUGGCUGGAGGACGCAGGAUUUAUGACCUAUACUGCAGCCUGUCACCAGAGGGUGCUGUUCUCACAGUGGCUUCACAGACAGCAUCCGUUCUAUAUACAGUCUAUGAGAAUUACACGAAAGCACAUUAUUAUGUCUGUGUUGUUUCUCUUGAUGAUUGUAGAUCCACCAAGAUUCGAUACCGAGGAACUGGAGGUGUUUAAAAAGCCAGUGACGGUGAAAAAGGGACAGAAAGCCACCUUCAAAAUGCCGUAUAUUGGACGGGAUCCCAUCAAAGUUCAGUGGUACCUCGAUGGUGAAGAGCUUUCAGACGAGUCGAAUAUCAAGCUGGAGCACUCCGAGGGUUACACUCGUGUCCAUCUCAGCAAGCUGCAGCGAAAGGACAGCGGAGAAAUCAAGAUUAAACUCAAAAAUGAGUUUGGCACUGUUGAGGCCAUCAGCCAGCUUGUUGUACUUGGUGUGUACGGACAGAUUUCUCACAGUUUAUCACAUGGAGUCAUGAACAAUAUGUCUAUUAAACGUGUUUAUCUGUUUGACAGAUAAACCAACUCCUCCAAUGGGACCUUUGGAAAUCGUUGAAGCCUCCCCCUCAAAUAUUGAAUUCAAAUGGAGGCCACCCAAGGACAGUGGUGGCUGCAAGAUCGGCAACUACAUCCUUGAACGACAACAAGUCGGUCGCAACACCUGGAAAAAGGUGGGGCCGAUCGGUGCAGAGGCCACAUAUAAAGACUCUGAUGUAGACCAUGGCAGGAGGUACUGCUAUCGCAUCAGGGUCGAGACUGAAAUAGGCACCAGUGAGCUGAUGGAGACGGAGGACAUCCAAGCUGGUACAAAAGGUACAGAAGAUGAUGUAAGAUGAAAGUGUUUAACUUUACAUCAAAGCUGAAGGAAAUGAUACGGAGAUAAUAGAUCCCCUGCUGUGAGAGUGGAGUGAGUUCUAACAGAGGUUCCCUUCAGCAGAAAGGAUUAGCAUUCGAUGACAUUGUUGACCUGGGAAAGGAACACCGUCCUCGAGUCCAAAAUGAAGAAAGCAUUUGUAGUUUUUCAGUUUUUUGGUGGAUUUGGUAGGAGGAGUUUUAGAUCCUUUUAUUUCUCACUAAAGAGGAAAACAGAGAAAGUAUUAGGGAGCUAUUAUGACUGUGAAGGCUUUUGAUGUUCCCAAACUGUCAGCAAUUUAGGCCACAUCCACACACACAUACAGUAUAGAUAUAUACGUAUAUACACACACUCAUUGUUCUUCUACUGUGUGUUAAAAUUACCGACUGAUUACACCUCAUUACCUCCAGCUGGCUCGGCAUGCUUAUGGGAUUCUGACCGUUUCUGUUUUGUCAUGAGGGCAGAUAGAAAUAUUCAAAAUCUGGUUUGAUGUUGACUGGACUGAGUAAAAAGAUCCGCUUUUGGUAAAUGUGUGGAGGUAACCUCAGCCGCUGACCCCUUUACCCCGGUAGUUCAUCUGCUGGCCCUGUGGGGAAUGCCUCAAACAUUAAAGAGGCAGCCUUAAUCGCGGGUCUCUUGUGUCUUGAUUCAUUAGAUCAGUAAUUUAUGGUCUAAAUGUUACAAUCAAUUCGAGCUGAAACAAUCUGGUGUUGAUACUGAUUUUUAACACAGUCUGUCUGUCUUAUGUGUACAGCAUACCCUGGCCCUCCAUCAGCUCCAAAGGUUGUUUCUGCCUUUAAGGACUGCAUCACCCUCACCUGGUCUCCUCCAGCCAACACAGGGGGGACCAAUAUUCUAGGAUACAACCUUGAGAAACGCAAGAAGGGCAGCAACCUGUGGGGUCAAGUCAACCCUCAGGACGAGAUGAUCAGAGGUUACUUUGACUGUUACAUAUUUAGAAGUAUUUGAUCAGAAUUAAUUACACCGCAGUUUAAUGCUGUUACUUCUGAUUUUUCUAACAUACAGGAAAAGAAUAUGGAGUCAAAGACGUGGUUGAAGGAAUGGAAUAUGAAUUCCGUGUUUCGGCAAUCAAUAACUCUGGUGCGGGUGAACACAGCUCACCAUCUGAGUUUGUGUUUGCAAGAGAUCCUAAAAGUGGGUAUUAAUUAAAGAAUAUAAAUAUCACUGGUUUUUUUUUACGGUUCAUAUACCCUAAAAAAAAACUGCAACCCUGUGAAUCCUGUGUUUCAGAGCCCCCUGGUAAAGUCUUGGAUUUCAAAGUGACAGACUCCACCUACACAAAUCUUUCCCUGUCUUGGACCAAACCCAAAGACAUUGAGGGGGUUGAGGAUGAAGCCAAGGGAUAUAUCGUGGAGGUCAGACCUGCAGAAAACACAGAAUGGGACCGCUGCAAUACUAAUGCAAUAAGCAUGACUUCCUACACUGUGAAAGGCUUAAAAUCAAUGGCCAUGUACUGGGUGAGAGUCACUGCUACUAAUGAUGGAGGAUUGGGAGAGCCACAGGAACUGGAUAAUUACAUCCUUUCUAUGCCCCCUCCUGGUAAGAAAGAGUACUUCAAGGUUACCCAUGCAGCUUUUCCUACCAUGAUUAACACUAAAUGGUCUGCAGUGAACUUGAUAAACACAGGUCCAAAGAAGGUUUAACUUUCAGAUUUGAGAUCAAGUAAUUCUAAAAAUUAAUUAAAACAAAAAAAAAUAGAUGUUUUCUUAAUCAAAUUGAUUUGGUGAGAAAACAUGACUGGAGCUUAAUGUUGAAAAUUAUUGACGAUUCCCUAAUUACUGCUCCAGUUGGGGUAAAUGAAUCCAGAAUUACGGAAACGUGCUGCAUUCACCAAAAAAAGUGUUUUUUCUUUUCUGUUUUUCUUAAAUAUUUUUUCACAUUUUUCAGACUGAUUUUCUGUUUUUCAGACUAUUUUUUUUUCUUUUCUGUUUUUUUCUUAAAUAUUUUUUCACAUUUUUUCAGACUGAUGUUCUGUUUUUCAGACUAUUUUUGGGUUUGUUUAUUUGUUUUGUUUUGUUUUUCAGACUACUUUUUUUUCUUUUAUGUUUCUCAGAGUUUUUUAUUUUUUUGCUUUCCUGUUUUUUGGACUUUUUUUUCUUUUCUGUUUCUUUGAAUAUUUUUCUUUACAUUUUUCAGAUUGAUUUUUCUGUUUUUCAGACUAUUUUUUGUUUUUUGUUUUCUUCCUUUUUGUUUUUCAGACUAUUUUUUUUUCUAUUCUGUGUUUUGGAAUAUUUUUUUGGUCAGAUUUUUCUUUUUUCAGAGUGCUUUUUUGCUUGUUUGUUUUGUUUUUCAGUCUAAUUGUUUUUCCGACUCUCUGGGGUUAUGGUCAUUAAAAAUCAGAAGCUUUCAUCCCCCGCUUGUUUAGUUUAAUCAAGUUUUUACUUUCUUUUGGGUUUGAGACACUGGGAGAUCUGGAGCUGCAGAAUCUGCCUAUUUGAAGCACCCACGGUGGUUAACGUUAUGAUUGUAUUAGAUUCUCGCAGGAUUUUGAAGUAUCUCGUUUCAGUCAGGAAUAGAAAAAAAGAAAAAAAAAGUGGUGGUAAAAACAGAAUAAAAAUUUGUCUGAAAAACAGAAAGGGGAAAAAAUAUUGGUACAAAAACAGGAAAAAAAAUUGUCAGAAAAACAGAAAGGAGAAAAAAAUCUUUUAAAAAAAAUUCCUUUUUCUUUUUCUGGUAAGUGAAUGCAAUACACUUCCGUACAGAAUUAAACAAUUUAAAUAAAUACAAUUAAGAUCUGAAUUUAUGAGUCUAUUAAUAUCCCAAUCUAAUCACAUGUAGUAGUAAUUUUUAUCUUUUCAUGAUCAAAAUGAUCAUCAUAAUUAUUUUGACUGACUGAUAGUCUUUUGACCCAAGUAAAAAUCCUUUAAAGAAUUGAUCAAAUAUUACCAUUAAAGUUUAAUUUUCAAAAGUUUUUUUCAACAGAAACAAAAACAGUCUGCACAUGACAACUUUAAAGUGAAAAGGCCAACAUUUUUAUUUCAUUCUUUGUCUCAGUUAACUUGUAUCCAUGAGAAAAUGUCGGUUUUAAAAUGAAUGAUGACUAAAGAGUGUUUCCAUCUUUUCUACGCAGUGAGACCACGUUUUACAGAUGCCAAAAUUAAGAGCUUCAUGGUGGUGAGAGCUGGAAAUUCUGCACGGUUCAACAUUAACUUUGAGGUGAUUACUUCAGUUAUUUCCAUGUCCAGGAUGAUUGUUCAUGUUCUACUUAAAUCUUCUUCAGAUUUGACAUAAAAAUAACUGUUUGUUUCUCUGCAGGCUUCACCAUGGCCUGACGUCAUCUGGCUGAAAGACGGAGUGCAAGUGUCUAAAAAGGUGACUAUUAGCAAUGCAGAGGGUACGUCCCAGCUCCUGAUCGCUUCUUCUGAACGCUCAGAUACUGGAAUCUACACGAUCGUCGUGAAAAACAUCGUUGGUCAAGAAACAUUCAGCAUUGAAAUCAGAGUCACAGGUGAGUUCAGAACGGUCAAGUUGGAUGUAAAUGGUUUUGUUAUAUAUCAUAAUAAAAAAUACAUGUAAUUUAUUUGAACUUCAGAUGAGCCUAAGCCACCAGGCCCUGUGGAGAUUGAUGAGAACGUGCCUGGCACAGUGACCAUCUCAUGGGACGCAUCUCCAGAUGAGAAACGUGACGACAGGCUGCACUACAUGGUGAUGAAGCGGGAUUCGAGUAAAAGAACCUGGCACACUGUUGCAGAUCGAAUCUUUAACAAUAAGUGGACAGCCUGCAACAUCAUGCCGGGUAGAGAGUACCAAUUUAGAGUCUAUGCUAAAAAUGACAUGGGUUCAUCUGAACCUUCUGAAUCACCAAAGUGGCUCAUUUCUACCAAAAAAGGUAGGUCCUUCAUGACACUUAGGUAACCAGGCUUAGGGGUGGGCGAUAUGGACUCAAACAUUUAUCACGAUGAGAUUUGCCAUUUUGGCGAUAAUGAUAAAAGUCCCGAUAAAAAAUAUUCUAAUUCCGAUCUCUAUUUCUGACUCAUUUUGUCUUGAGAUCACCAGUUGGAGAAGUCAAAUAAGAUCCUUAACCACAAGUUUGAGUGGUAGGUUAGAGAGAAAACUAAUGACAUCAAACAAGUCUCAAAUGUUAAAACAUUUUCAACUAGAGGUGUCCUGAUACAACUUUUUGAAUUCCAAUACGAUACCGAAAUUGUAACCUUCAAUAGCCUUCAAAAUGAUACCGAUAUUGUAACCUUCAAUAGCCUUCAAAAUGAUACCGAUAUUGAUCCGAUAUUGGCACAAAAUUGUGAAUGAGAAGUUUUGCACUCAGCUGCGAUGUCUUUCUCAGACUUAAACAAAAAAUACUCCCACACAGCCAACAUCUCUCCUACUCCUCUCUACUUUGUUCGUACUUUAGUCCACACUGUUGUUGCGAUCACGUGGGCUCUGCAUGCUGGAUCAGGGCGAGCUAGAUACAGGUGCCGGAGCGGAGUCUGGAAUGGACUGCUUAUAUCGGAGUGCUGAUAUCGGAGGUUUUAGAUGCAGGCUGAUAUAAUCCGAUAUUCGUUUUUUUUGUUUGUUUUUCAACAUUUGUUGAAAACUCUUAUCGCACAGAGUGAACAGCAGCAGAUCCACUGUCCAAUGUCAGGCAGACCCGAUUAGACUCAUCUAAACCCUGAUCUUGAAGGAAAUUCCUCAUGUGGAUCCUCGUUCAGUAACGAGCUGCUCAGAAACGUCUCCUUCAUGACCUUCAUCCAUGUUUGUUCGUUAUUCUGCUCUGUGUGGGCUAUGACUGCGAGUCCAUCGCUCACACUUACGUCAUCAACUUGCAUUUAUCGUGUUUAUCAUGAGAUCGCAAAUAUUUAUCAUUGAGGAUUUUUCUGAGGAUAUAUUAUGAAUGAUGAUUUAUCGCCCACCUCUAACCAGGCUUUGCCGUUUCUAAAUGGUUUUAUUUUUAAACAUGAGACAUCUCUGAACUGAUCAGACGCUCAUCUGCUGUCUUCUAGAAAAGUUCACUGUGACCGUGCCCGAAACAAAGACGUGUGAUCUGAAGUGUCCUCCCAAGUUCAUUGUCCCGCUGAAAAUGCACACGGCUCCUCAGGGAUACGAGUGCUACAUGAGCUGUGCCAUCAAAGGAGAUCCCACACCUCAUGUGACGUGGCUCCGCGACAACGUCAGCCUGAACACCAACACUAACUACUUCAUCUCCAACACCUGUGGGGUCUGUUCGCUGCUCAUAUUAAGAGUUGGAGCUCAAGACACCGGGGAGUACACGGUGGUCGCAGAAAACAAUAUUGGUCGGGCUGAGUGCUCCACCAAACUGACUGUCAGAGGUAAAAACUGUAUUUUCGGUUGAAACAUUGGUGUUUAUGUUAAAACUUUAAAUGUGAAAUUCAUCCCUGUCUUUUUUUUCAGAAUAAAUCAACACCCUGAACACGGCGCUCUACUUCAAAACUGGAACAGAUACCAAGUUUUUGCUCUUUUACUUACUGAGUAAUUAGUUAAACAAACUGCUCAAAUGUUUUAUGUGAAAGUAUGAAGUUUUGCCCUUGACACCUUCAGGUUUGUUUACUUUUUGAUAAAAAAAGAAAUUCCUGCAUUUAUUCAAAGUCGAUCUAACCAGAUAUGAAGAAUGUGUCUGGCGUACAACCACACAUUUUUGUCUGUCUUGAUGUCAACUGUGCAGUCGAAAAUUAAAUGGAAGCUUGAAAACUAAGGACAUGUAUUUAUUGUGUAUUUCGAAUGUAAUGGCAUGCAUGCAAAAGAGCGAAAACAAUCAGCUGGGUAUACUGCUUGGCGGUGACUGAUUUGAAUGUAGCCCAGUCUAGUAUGUUCUUCUUAAAUGUGUCUUAAAUGUGGCUUUUAAUCACUUUUAGACGCAGGUUUUCAUUCAUGCUUUUAGUGACUAGUUGCAUUUUUUUAUGUUGUUUUGUAAAUGUGGAUGAAACUGAGAUGAUUGUGUUGCUGGCGUUAAAUCUUAAAUUUUUUUCGGCUGGACUAAAUUUACAAACGCAUGUAAAACUGAUGUAAAUAAACAUUUUACUCUACAGUCAUGAUUUGGGAUUUUUCACCUGAUUUGCAAGUCGCAUUAAAAACACUCCGAUUGGGACAAAGUUAUAUACUCAAUGAUAAAUGUUUCUACAUUUAUCUCAUGGUAGAAGUGAGCCUAUUGUGUGACCCCCUGAGUCAAACCCUGACUUAGCAAACAGGUUUCAAAAUUCACACCACUUGUUCACCUGCAUGACGUUUUAUGUGAAUAAUUUAUGUCCAGUCUUCUUGUAUUACCCCUCUGAACAUAUUUGUGGGGUCAGAUUUUUGCCAAGUUUAGAGUCACUGAAGAAGAAAGGGUCAACAGUUGCACCCGGGGCUGAGACAUGACUGACCAGUGCAGGAUGACACUUCUCAGUUUCAAAGACAAGUACAAUGCUAAACGGUACUAAGUGACUAAGAUUAAGACUGAGAUUAAGAUUACUAAAAUACUUUAAACUGCUUGGAAAUCAUUGGUAUAAAAAUUCGUUUUCUUUUGCUUGCUUUGUUCGUCUCUAUUCUUGGUCCUAAUUAGUGCUAAAAAUGACAAUUGGCACAUAUGACACUGUUUCUUGGAAAGGUAAUACACAUCGAGUUUUGGUCACAAAUCUUUAGCUUGGUUUGAUAACACCUAAAAUCAACUCAAAUCCAAAUGAGACUGGCACUUACCUCUGUUCAAUGUUGGUAUAAAAAAUAAUAAUGCAGCGUACAUCAACACUUAAGAAGAGAAUAAGGAGGCUGCUCAGGCUUUCUGGCACUUCUGUCUCAUGAGACUUUUUAAAAGAAGAAGUCAAAAGCACCCUGCUGUUCUACAACAUCUUAAAUUCCAGUUUUGAGGGAGGGAUUAGGAAGCUCCUCUAUUGCAUUUCCUCUGGUGUCUCCUUUACAAGAACCUAUAGCACUUUGGGGGCCAAAGUGCAUGUCAGUAAACCUAUCCCCAGGAGCCCCCAGUGAAAAGAAGUGGGUGAGGUUGCUGAGUGUCUCUGAAAGGCUUUAUUGCCUCUCAAAACGAAGAGCCCACACUCAAGAAUCAGCAGCAGCAACCUGACGAGAACAACAGACAGAGGAGAACAGAGAACCUGAUCUGAAUAGUAAGUACUAUUAUAAGUACCAGAGAAAUGCUGGUACGGUUUGAUAUUUCAUUACAAAUACUCUUGAUAUUGUCAGCGAGCCGAGGCAAAUAUCCGUUAACCUAUGUACUAACACAGCACACGUAUGCAUGUUUCAGUAUAAUGGCCAGGUGGUGAGGUCUAACUACUUCAACAGAGAGCGAGUCUAAAGAUUUACAAUUAUUAUGAUGUAUGUUUUUUGGCUGGAGGAAGAGUCUUAACAUGAAGAGAAAAAACAGAAUGGGAAUAUCAGAAUCAGAAUUACUUUAAUGAUCCCACACUGUGAACUU